UGCCAUGGCAACCGGGUAGCGCGUGUUACCGUUCAGGACAUUAGAUGCGGCUGAGAGAGCAACGAGUCUCUCUGAGGGAAAGUGACGCGACUGGAGGAGCAAGUUGAGCAAUAGAGAGGGAGAAAGUAUGUGAAGGACACUGAAACUAGGCAAGUGGAAAUAAGACACUCCUCCUAUACCUGGAGAGAGGGAGGGACCUGCCGUGUCAGCGGAGCUUAGUGAGGCACGGAGAGGGAGAGGAAAAGAUCAACAGCUUCAGAUGUGAGUGGGAAGUGCACUCCGAAAGAGACGUUGUGAGGACACACUGGGGGAGGCUGCAUUCUUCACAAGCCUUCCGAACAACUAAACCACUAAAGGCUCUCCUGCAAAUCAAUCUGAUCGUAACUAGAACAUACCUUCGCUGGACUUUAAUCUGCUUCACUCCAUCCUGCCUCCAGCUCUCCGUGCAGACAUCUGUGGACGUUUUGCAAAAAAAAACAAAACAAUCCGUUUUAUUUUACAAGUGUUGGGAAGUGUUGUCACACACCUGGCUAUGAGAUGAGGAACCUCUGAUUAGAAAUUCUGACGAAGCACAGUUUAUGCAAAGAGCAAAGCCUGAUCGUAAUCAUCACAUUCCUUGCCCAACGUUUACCAUAUCAAGAACCUGUGCUGGGUCAUGCAGUGCUGAUUUCUGAUCUGAGCUGAGGUUCGGUGCCACGCCGAUGGAGCUGAAGGUGUGGGUGGACGGUGUGGUGCGGGUGGUGUGUGGCCUCUCAGAGGAGACGUCCUGUCAGGAUGUGGUCAUCGCUCUCGCUCAAGCCAUAGGCCAGACGGGCCGUUAUGUCCUCAUCCAGAGACUGAGAGAUACCGAGCGGCAGCUUCUGGCUACUGAGCGUCCUCUGGAGUCCCUGGCUAAGCUUGGGCAGCACAGUAACGAGGUACAGUUCUACCUUCGGCGCACAGGCCCCAGCAACAGCAGCAGCAGCGAUGGCCAGGAGCACACACCCUCUCUUCAUAAACCCUCCGAGACAGAGCCCCCAAAACGCAACGCACCCAGAAAAUCCCUGACCUUCAGCCUCGGCCCUUCUUCUUCCCCACGCACCCGACCCAAACAGAACCGUAGGACUCCGAGUACCAAACUCCUGCCUGAGUCCAGAGCAUCUCCGUUGCUUCACACCUCCCAUCUGCCCAGUCUGUCUAGAGAGGAAGUGUUCCGGCAAGUUCUUCAGCAGCAGGAGCGACUACAGGCACUGGAGGCCCAGCUGGAGCUCUUGGAGCGGGAGACGCAGGCGUGGGAUCAGCAGGAGGAGUUGGCUGCCGCAGAGCAGACACUGCUGGAAGAUGAGGAGCAGUGGGAGGAGGAGCUCAGGACUGAGAUGCAGCGCGAGCGUGCCAUGAGGAGGCAGCUGGCUGAGCUACACGCCAAGCUGGAGGAGUGUGGCACCAGCCUACACGAUCUCACUACAAAAUCCACACAUCUUGAGCAGGACAUUCAGAGGGAAAGACUUGAGGCUGAAGCCCCGCCCACACGGGCACAGCCAGAAGACUCUGUGGGCACGAUACAAACGGAGCUCCAGAGUCAGCAGAAACAAGGGGAGGAGCUGGAGUGUGAGCUGGUGCAGACAGAGAAAGCUCUGGGAAAAGCAGAAAUGCUGCUGCAGGCUAAGCAGGAGCAGCUGGAUGAGCUGAAUAAGGAGCUGAGACAGUGUAACCUGCAGCAGUUCAUCCAGCAGACCGGAGUGCUCCCAGCCUAUAACUCCUCUCGUACAGACCUCCACCAGCAGCUAAACCAACAGGAGCUGGCUCAGCUAUUGCAGGACACAUCCAUCGACAGUGAUUCUCUACAGCGACCCACAGCUAAGCAGUUUCUGGGGCAUCCGCGCAACCUGCGGCACCCCCUGGUGUCCAGCCUGAACCCUGAGGGUGUGUAUGUUCCUGACAUCCAGGGAGUCAUCUUGGAGGUAAAACCUGAAGGGCCAAGGAUCUCUCUUAUUACCCCUAUGUACUUAACCAGCUACUGCUCUAAUGGUCCUACUCAUCUCAUCAAUGUAAUAUUAUAUAUCUGCUGUAUAUACAAAUAUAUGUUUACAUUUAGUUACAUUCCAAAACAUGUAUUUACUGUAAAUUAUUAACAGAAAGGUUUAUCUAGAGAACUAUUACUUUUGUUUAUGUAUUUAAGUCUAAUAAAGACAGUGCUUUGUGUUUAUAUA